AUGGCACGUAGCAGCAUCGUAACGCUACUCAAGUUAUCACUAUGUCUCCUCGCUGUUCUGGCCACGCCGUUCCCCACGCAGGAAUACCUGAACCAGCAACAGGCUUCUCUCGCGGGCUUCGGCGGCCAUGACGAUCCAUUAAAGAACUUUGUUUCGGAUGUUGUGCACGAAGACGCAGUUAUUGGAGGCAGCAGCAGUGGUAGCAGUGGAACUACGAGUACAACUACGACUACAUCGCUGGCGGCAGCAGCUCCAUUAUCAUCUUCCUCGUCCUUGAGAUAUACAACACAACCCGAAGAGCAGGGGAUUUCCCGUCCUUCAUGGUUCACAUCUACGCUUCUUGCGCGUCGCCUGCUCGCAAAGUCUUCUAUCGGCAUUGCGUCAACGGUGUACCAACAACCAUCAUCAUCAUCUUCUUCUUCCGGCCCGGCUGAUCUACAAGGAGUCCCCAUCAGUCUACCUGAAUACAUUGCCGACUGCUCUGCCUCUGAUUCCGGCACUCAGGAAGAUGAUUAUGAUGGCAACAUCAACAACGGCAACCCUAUCUUCCUAGGGUUAUAUGUCUCGACCACCUUCCGCAAUGCCGCGCAGGGCUCCAACGUCAGCCUGUCGAUUGACUGGUGGACACAUCUGAAUAGCACAGAGCCUGUAUACCCCGACUUCCCGCUUAGCGAGGCUGGUUUACCGCGGGUUUCGCUGCUAGGGUAUGUUGAGCGUAUUGAAGACGGCAGCAGCAAGUCUUUGGAAGAAUGCUUCCUCGCUGCUCAUCCGGAUGCGCGGGUGUGGCUGCCGGGGAAGGAGGAUAGUCCGCAUCGUGGGUUUUGGGCACGUUUGGUCGUGACGCAGGCGUAUUGGGUAGGCGGGUUUGGGGAUUUGCAGCAGAUUGGAUGGGUUAAUAUGACGGAGUGGAGGGGGAUUGGGAGGUAUGCGAGUGCGGAUGGGAUUGGGGAUGGCAGUGGGAGGGGGUGGGAGGAUGUUAGGCUGCCUGGUGAAUGA